UUGCCCCCAUUGCGGCGCGUCUUCGCCGCUGAAAUGUCGAAUAAAAUUGUGCCCGGGAUUUACCGGGCGGUUAUUGACGAGGUCGUUGCUGCAUGCAAACCCGAGUUUGAGGAGUACGGCGUUUCAGAGGAGGUCUUGAAUGAUCUUCAAAAGAGAUGGGAAGCCAAAGUAAUCGCGUCGCGUGUCGCUGAAUUUGAUCCGCCCCCGCAAGUCGUGGUGCCCCAAUACCCACCCCAGCCAGUACCACAUUAUCCACCUCCAGCUCAUCAUACUGCCAGUUAUAUUCAGCCUCCACCACUUCCACCACCACCAAUUAAAGCUGAACAUAUGAUCAAAUCGGAACCACUGGACAGCCGCUAUGCACUCAGUGCGCCACCUUAUACCCUUCCACCGCUUCCUGGGCCAAAGCUGAAUCUGCCACCACCAAGACAACCUCCUUCCAGUGGACAGCUGAACGUAUUGUCGUUCCCUACUGGACCCCAGUCGCGUUUACCGUCGAUUCCUCAAGUUGAUGGGCCUUCGCAUUCAGAUGACUCUGAUGACGAAUCUCCACCGCCGCCCUCAUUCGCGCCGCCUCGAGCGCUGCAUCCGUCAUUACCUCAGCCAGUUGCUUCUACUUCGACGUCAACAGUUGAAGACUCGGAAGCAAUUAACAGCGAUUUGGAUGACUCUGAUGAAGACGAUGAUCUGGAGGACGGGGCUGCGAACGUUGACAUCCUAUUUUGUACCUAUGAUAAGGUCGCUCGUGUAAAAAGCAAGUGGAAGUGUGUUCUGAAGGAGGGUAUGGUGCAUGCCAACGGCAAAGACUACCUCUUCCAACGCUGUACUUGCGAGUUCAACUUCGAAUUUUAA